AUGCUGAAGAUGUCCUCCAUAUCCGCCCAGGGAGUGGUUGAGCGUGCCUCGGCCGAACUAUCGAAACGCAUCAACGGCCUUGGGCUGCGGUCGAAGCACCAUCAUGGCAGCGGUGGUGGCAAAUCCGGCGAGAAGGCUAGCGUGAUGGAGCGCGUCACGAACGUGCUGUGCGGGGGUUCCAGUAGCUCUAGCAACUCCAGCAACUCGGCCGGCAACCUCACCAUACAAACCGCCGGCCAAUCACAGUCCGGCGGUGGUGGUGUUGGUGGUGGUGGUGGUGGUGGAGUGGGAGGAGGUGGCCAUGCACCCGAGAAACCGUCCCGUGUGUCCAACACCGCGGGUGGUACGAACACCGCGGGCGGUAAAGGCGGUGGCUCGAUGUUGGGCAUGGGUUCGGGAGCUGGCGGUGGCAAGUCCCAGUCAAACACACCUCAAUCGCUGAGAAAGAUUGGGCCGCAUCAUCAGCACGGUGGCGGGCUCAACCAUCACCAUCUCGGCGGCACGGGUAAGAUGGGACAGUCGCAGCUGGCGCUGCCGCAGAUCCUCACGAUUGAGCAGCUGCUGCAGGACGAACGAUUCUUGGCCCGGUUCUUCCUGUACUUCACGUCGUACGAGCGCUGCACACUGGCGCAGGUCUGUCAGAAGUGGCGCGACCUGCUGUACCGUAGUCCGCGCUACUGGAGCGGGCUCGUGCCGGUACUGCAGUGUCGCGAACUGCGCCAGACCACCAACCAGGACCGGGUGAAGCUGUACAAUUCGCUCAUCCGGCGCAGCUUCCAUGCCGUCUGUCUGAUGGGUGCGACCGACGAGGAUGCGCUGGAUCUGGUCCACUCCUUCCCACUUGCUUCGAAACACGUCCAUUCGCUAAGCCUGCGGUGCUCCUCCAUCAGCGAUCGGGGUCUGGAAGCGUUGCUAGAUCAUCUACAGUCACUGUUCGAGCUGGAGCUGGCUGGAUGUAAUGAGAUUACCGAGGCCGGUCUGUGGGCAUGCCUGACGCCAAGGAUAGUGUCGCUUUCGCUGGCGGAUUGCAUCAAUGUGGCCGACGAAGCGGUCGGCGCCGUCGCACAACUGUUGCCUUCACUGUACGAAUUUUCGCUGCAGGCCUACCACGUGACAGACGCAGCGUUAGGUUACUUUUCACCCAAACAGAGCCACAGUCUUAGCAUUCUCCGGUUGCAGUCCUGCUGGGAGCUUACGAACCAUGGUGUCGUCAAUAUAGUACACUCUCUGCCACAUCUGACCGUGUUAUCGCUGUCGGGGUGCAGCAAGGUGACGGAUGACGGUGUGGAGCUGAUUGCGGAAAACCUCCAGAAGCUACGGGCGCUCGAUCUGUCCUGGUGCCCACGGAUAACGGAUGCCGCCCUCGAGUACAUUGCCUGUGAUCUGAACCAGCUGGAGGAGCUAACGCUCGAUCGCUGCGUACACAUCACUGAUAUCGGUGUCGGUUACAUCUCAACCAUGCUCUCGCUGUCUGCACUGUUCCUGCGCUGGUGCACACAGAUCCGCGACUUCGGUCUGCAGCACCUUUGCUCAAUGCGCAACCUGCAGGUACUGUCGCUGGCCGGCUGCCCACUGCUUACCUCGUCCGGUCUGUCCAGCCUGAUCCAGCUGCGCCACCUGCAGGAGCUGGAGCUCACCAACUGUCCGGGCGCGUCCCAGGAACUGUUCGGCUACCUUCGCGAACAUUUGCCCCGCUGUCUGCUGAUCGAAUAA